GUUCAAGAUCAAGAGAACCGCCGCCAUCUUCUCUCUUCCGUACCAAAACAAACCCUCACUGGCUGACUUAUCUCGCUGUUUCCCGCGUUUCCCGGCGCGUGCUGAGUCUCUCCUGCUGGGGACUGAAGGAUUACUGAUAGGAGUCACUGCAGUAUGGAGGGAGACACACACAUAAGAAGUUUGUUGGCUGCCCCGUCCCCCUCCUUAGCCGCCCCGCCCCCCGCUGCCCCGCCCCCCACCAGCGCCACUCACCUCUCCAGGGUGUCCCCGGCAUCCCUCAUCGGCACAAUGUCUUCCUUCCGACGCCCCGGCACUUCCACCCCCUCCUCGUCACGUCCUGGCUCUCCCCGUGCCCCUGGGUGUCCGCCGGUGCUGGGGGAGGUAGGGGAUCCAAGGGGCCGCCUCUCCCUCGGUGACCCCCAUGCAAAAUUCACUUCCGUCCUGCGUCUCGCCAGUGGUCAGGAGAGUGAGCCUGAUGUGGUAACGCUGGACCACCCCUAUGCCCGGCCGUACAACUGGCGGCCCGAAGCGUCUCAGGCACGUCCUCGGAAGACACUGUUUAUGUCCAAGGUGGCCCGUCAGCCUCACCAUGGCCUUCUCGGACUUCACUCCCUUGGCCGUGUGUCUGUGAGCGACGACUAUAUAGAUGUGACAGGUGACCCGACCCCUUCCCAGCCCCUGCCCUAUGACCUGGCCAAGGCGCAGCAGGUCAUGAGUGAGUGUGAGAGACAUGUGGUGUUUGCCCGGCUGGAUCAGAUCAAGGCAGAUGGUCGGCAGGAUGAAGGGAAGACUGGUGAUGACUCGGAGAUGGACUGGGAGGAGAAAAUACCAAAGCAGGGGUGGACAGAGGCGCAGGCAGGGCUGUUUAGUAAGAUAGUCCAGAUUCUCGACACAGACCACCUGGGCCGACUCACUCUCAGGGACACACACAACGAGCCCGUCCUACGUAGAGCGCUGGUUGACAAGACUUCAGCCAAGUUCCGGCAAGCACUGGCAAGGGUAAGCUGGGAACCAAAGAUGACGCAAUGGCUGCACUCCAUCUUGCUCCAGCACCUCAGCCUGCCCUACCUGGCCGCCUACCUCGAUAUCCUGCAGACCCUAAAGUCAAAAAUCCCGACAUUAGUUGACAAGAUGGUGACUCUAAGCAGCACACACCGCGGCGCCAGCGUGGAGGCCCUGAACCUGCUGCUGAAGAGGCCCUGGGACCCCGCCGUGCCCUCCCUUAAUCACCACAAGCCAAGGAAGCUGGACGGCUCAGUUAUCAUCGUGCAAGUGCCGAGUGGACCCCCUAGCAGUAUCCCCCAGGCCCCCCGCAGGAUCAGGUUCUUCAACGCACAGCUGCAGCACAUGGCCAAGACUAUACCUGUUAUGAUCCCCCAGGGCAGAGCAGAACACAGUGAGCCGCAGGUUGUGUUGGAGCAGAUAGUGAGCGAGGUGCGACGAAGGUUAGGGGAUUACAGGUGCCAGUACCCCAGCAGCCCCCUGGUCCUGAUGGGGUGGGGCAUUGGGGCUGUCGUUGCUUGUCAUGUGUCGUUGGUGGAGACAGUCACGGCCAACAUCUGCCUCGGAUUUCCUAUGAUUGGAGCCAUGGGGAGGCGAGGAGAAGCCGAUGACCCCUUGCUGGAGUGCCGAACCCCGACUCUCUUCAUUGUGGGGGAGAAAUCUGCCAAUGUGAGCGUUGACGACAUCGAGGACCUGCGUGUACACCUGAGGGCUGAGACAGGGCUGGUGGUGGUGGGGGCGCUGACUCUCACCUCCGUUUGUCCUGCCAGAAGAGGCACAUGGAAGGGGUGACGCAGAGCAUGGUUGACAGGUGUAUUGUGGACGAAAUUGGCGACUUUCUAGGCAACCUCUUGAGCGAAGGCAGCAACAGCAGCAACAGCAGCAACAACAACAACAACAACAGCAACAACAACAACAACAACAACAGCAACCCCAAACCAGCACCAUUAUUUAAACUCUUCCUUCACCUCUUCCUCCUCCUCCUCCUCCUCCUCCCUCACCACGGCCUUCACCAACCCCCUCCCCCCCCCCGGAGUGGCCGCCGGGACCCCAGCAGGAAGAGGAAGCUGUCAGUAGGGGGGGUAGAAGGGAGCACCCCGUUUUCUUCCGCUAAAAUAUCACGUCCCAGUACCCCUAUCAGCAUGGCCACCCCCUCUCUGAAGAUCCCAGUGGGGGUGUCAGCCCUGUCCUCCCCUGGGGUCAUGUUUGGGGGGGUGGGGAGGCAGCUACCCCCUCCCUCACCUCCUCCCUGGACACCCCCACCACCUCCCCUACUGCUAGAGGCCAGAAACAGAAGUACACAGGGAAAAGAGAAGGAAGAAGGUACCAGAAGAUGAAAUUAACUCCUCCUUCCUCCUCCUCCUCCUCCUCCUCUUCCUCCUCCUCCUCUUUCCUCCUCCUUCUCCUCCUCCUCCCUCUCCUCCAGUCUGGCGCCGCCCCUCCUCGCCUCCCUGGAGCAACUCAGAGGAAGCAAGGGACAGUGUUAUUGGCAGCGGUGGCCACAACACCACCACCACCACAGCCUACCACAGCCUCACCACAAUCCCCCUUGGGUCCAUCGCUCCCCUGUCUCGCCACAACUACCCACCGCAACUUGAUGCUCCAUUCCACCACCGCCACCACCACUGCCACCACCACCACACCACCGCAGGAUGCACCCACCACAGUAGAAGGUGUGGUAGAGAUCCCUGCAACUGCCACAACCACCACCACCACAACCACAGCCCUGUCAGUUCACCACAGGGGCAUCUGAGGGAUCGGGGCGGGGCAGGAGAGACAGUUUAGCAUUGUCUUCACCCCAUGUGACUUUUUCAGGGGGUUUUUCAGAGGCGGGGCAGGGCAAGAUAGACAUUAUACCUCUAUCUUGCCCCCUGCCCCGUCCUACACCCCACGGAGCAAACUGGGAGAUGGGGCAGGGCGAUAGAGAUGCUGUACAAUUAUCUUGCCCCAAUACCCCACCCAUAAGUCAGAAAAUUACACCGGGGCAGGGGAAAGAUGACAUUAUAGCACUAUCUUCACCCCCCCAGCCCCCACCCGCCCCGCCCCAGGACGAGGGGAAUCACAUAGAGCUAGACAAAUCAACGGGUCAAAGCUUCUGGGUGUUGGGUGCCCAGAAAUCCACUCCAUGCAGCCCUAGGACGGUGGAAAUCCUGUCUCGGGUCCACAGCUUGGCGGGGUGGGGGGGCGCAGGGAGGAUGGGGUGUAGAAAUGAGGCAUAGUUUAGAUUUUGGGGGCAACAGAUAGCAGUAUUUGUUGGAGUAAGUCAGGCCGGGUCAUGUACAAUUCCAGGCGCAUGGGUAGUCAUAGUGUUUUUGGAUCCCCCAGUACUGCGGCUUUGUUAAUGAUGACCCAUAUUAUUCAGCAGAUGUCCUGGACACCCCAAAAAGUUCGCCCCGCAAGGAUCCGAGUCCCCGGGGAAGUCCCAUUCUGCGGCAGAGACUCAGUGACACCGCCCCGGGACGCGUGGCUUCGGGGUUCAUCCUUGGCAACCUCUCUGGGGAAGGUAGUGAAGGAGGGUGGCCCCAAAAUUUUCUUCCCCCGCCCCAGCCUGCCCCGCCACCACCCCCACCACUACCACCUCUGCCACACCGAGCCCUGCCCCAACACCCUCCCCUGAUCUGCCGAGUAGGAAGAUAGUCAGCAGCACCAUCGUAACGCCACUCGGGUGGAAUAAGCGAGGGCCGCCCCUCCUCCACCAAGCCCCACCUUCAGCCUGCCAGCCCCGCCCCGGCCCCACCCCAGCCUGGCCUGGCCUCUGAUGGUGCUGGGGAUUUGAAAAGUGAGUAGCUAGGUUGGGUCUCUCUCUCUCUCUCUCUCUCUCUCAUACACACACACACACAGAGAGAGAGAGAGAGAGAGAGAAUAAGCAAACAUACAUAUAAUUUUGAGAUAAGGGAUUAAAAUUAUUUGUUUCGUGUAUUACUGCUUCAAUUUCCAUUAUAGGCCUACGUAUCGAGGCCUAUACAUCUGUAACGGCCAUUAAUUAACGUCUUUUGUAUACUUUGUCAUUAUUCAUCACCAUUUCUUCAUUUCCCUUCAGUCCCCAAGUUCCGGGGGGGCAGCAGCAGCAGCGGCAGCACAGGCGGGGUGACCUCCGUGACCCGGGGCGGGGUGCGAGUGUACUCCGGGUCAAGCAAGCCAAGCCCCGCGUCCUUCCUAUUGACCAACGUGACGUCUUCCUCGACUGUCCGAGUGUCUGGCCCCUCCCUGGUCAUCACAAACACUGGGGCCACCACCGACCCCACCCCGCUGAGCCUUGGGGGGGCAGGGCGGGGGAGUAGAGUGAUCCUGACCUCCAGCCCUCGCGUCCGCCCCAUAGCAGCCCAGCGGGGGGUAUCGGCCUCUCGUGCUCUGGCCUUGCCCCGACCUGCCCCGGCUGUCAUGCUUGUGACCUCCUCCUCCCCUGCCCCGGUCAGCGCCCCAAGUGUGACAUCAACAGCGCCCCUCGAGACACCUGCCCUGACCUCUGCUCCGCCCCCCGCCCCCACUACCUCUGCCCCAAUCCCUACAGGGGAGUUGGCGCUGUUGGUGGCAGCUUCGGAGAUGAGCGAGAGAGCGCGUAGGUCCUCCUCUCCCGCCCCAAAGAACUCCACCCCAGUUUUGGUGUCGAAGUUCACAGUCGGGGGGCAGAUGGGGCAGACAGGGCAGGUCACUACUACUACUACCACUGCCACUACUACCACUACUACUAUUAGGGUAACAGCCUCAGCCUCUCUUGCCAAAUCUACUACCACAACUACUACUACUACAACUACUACCACCACUACUGUAGCAGCAGUCUUCCGUACUACUACGAACACCACCAAACCCACCACUACUACUACUACUACUGCUACUACUGAUAUUACUACCGACAAUAACACUACUACUAUUACUAUUACUACUGACCCUGAUACGCCUACUACUACUACUACUACUAAGGCUGGUAAUAAGAAUAGUAGUAGUAGUAGUAGUAGUAAUAGUAUAACACACCCACCUCCUUCUACUACUGCUACUACUACAACGACUACUACUGCAACUACACCUGCCACUCGCCCUAAAAGGUCGUUAGCACCACCAGUUAGGAAUUUGGGACUGAGAUCAAAAACCAACUCAUCUUCCUCUUCCUCUUCUUCCUCUGGUCCUCACACACGCAGGAGGAGGAACAGUCGGGGUCGUUUGAGUUUGUAAGUAGUUAGUAGUAGUAGUAGUAGUAGUGUAAAUGGUUGUAUAUAUGUAUGUGUGUGUAUGUGUGUGUGUGUGUGUGUUAGUACAUGAACACACACAUGCACUGAAUCAUUUUUUAUCGGAUUAUUAUUAUUAUUAUUAUUAUUAUUAUUAUUAUUAUUAUUUUUAUUAUUAUUAUUAUUAUUUCAUUUUGUCAUGCUAAGAAAACUGAUGAAUAAAGACAAGAAAAUUAAUAAUAAAAAAAUGUAAGGAAAAACUUAAUAAAGAUCAAUAAACAUA